AUGGGAAAACAACGGCAUAAUGCAAAGGCACGGCAGAUUGUUAAAACAAAUAUUGAUAAUUCGCAAACCAGUGAGAUUAAACUCGAAUUUGGCACUAAUGAGUAUGGCACUGCAGAUGCAAGUAACCUUUUAGCUCUACCUUCAAAAAAGAGAGAAACAAAAGUCAUUAGGGAGAAAAAAGAAAAAACUCGAUUUCUCUCCAAAGCUCAACGUAAACGAUUAGAGAAGAUUGUAGAGAAAAAGAAGAAAAAAGAAUCUAGGGCUGCUCUUUUAGAAUCCCUGUCGCAAGUUCAAGCAACUCCUGAUGAAGUGAAACAAUUGACAGCUAUUUCUGCUGUUCAGACAAUUGGAUUAAGAAAAUUGACCGAAUUUAAUAUAGAAGCUCCAGUGACAUCAACUAAUCAUGUAGAGGAACAGAAAAAGUUUAGCAGUAUAGCAGGUGCCAAAAAACGCCUCAGGUUAUUGAGAUUAGAAAAUGCUGAUAAAACAAAGAAGAAAAAAUAUGAUCCUAAUAUAGUUGGACUAGAAGAGUCAACGGAUGAUGAAGUUGAUUCAUUUUCCGAAGAAGGUGAAAAUGGAGAAGAAGUGUCAAAUGGUAUAUCUGUCAAGGAAGAUGUUAAUAAUGAACCUAAUGAUAAAAAGGAAAAUAAACAAAAUGCAGAGAAUACGCAAGAGGAUUUAGUAAAAGUAACAACAAAAGACAAAGAACAUACACAGAAAUCAAAUGUAGAGAAUAAAACAAAGACACAAGUUGAAACCAAUAAUGAAGUUAAAAAACCAUUACUUGAUCAUCCAACAGUUCAUAUAGAUGUGAAGAGAGAUCCGAAAAUACAAGUUGCAAGGUUAAAGUUGCCAAUUUUAGGAGAAGAGCAAAGAAUAAUGGAGUUGGUCAAUGAGAAUGAAUUUUUGAUAGUUGCUGGUGAAACUGGCAGUGGUAAGACCACUCAGAUACCCCAAUUUCUUUAUGAAGCUGGAUAUGCGGAACGUAAAAUGAUCGCUGUGACUGAGCCUAGACGUGUGGCGACUGUAGCAAUGUCUGCUAGAGUUGCUUAUGAGUUGGGUUUGACUAACAAAGAGGUUUCAUAUUUAAUGCGUUUUGAGGGUAAUGUUACAAAGGACACAAAAAUUAAGUUCAUGACUGAUGGUGUAUUGUUGAAGGAGAUCCAGACAGAUUUCUUGCUAAGUAAAUACUCUGUUGUAAUUAUCGAUGAAGCUCAUGAAAGAAGUGUUUAUACUGAUAUUUUAUUGGGUCUACUGUCGAGAAUAGUGCCAAUAAGGAGAAAGCGCGGCAACCCUCUUAGACUGAUUAUAAUGUCUGCUACUUUAAGGGUGGAAGAUUUCACUGAGAACAAACGGUUAUUUAAGGAAGCACCACCUUUAAUUAAGAUUGAUGCACGACAAUUUCCCGUAACAAUUCACUUCAACAAACAUACCUACAGUGACUAUUUGAAGGAAGCGUACAAAAAAACUGUUAAAAUACACACAAGGCUGCCAGAAGGAGGAAUUUUGAUUUUUGUCACUGGUCAGCAGGAGGUUAGGUAUCUAGUUCGGAAGCUGAAAGCGUCCUUUCCAUAUCGUAAAGACGUUGAUUACAGUAAGUUGAUCACAAGAAAAGCAGCGAAUGAAAACGAUGCUGCUUUAGACUCUGAGCCCGAGGACAUCGAUUCUGAUGAUGACGAAGUGGAGAAAGAAAUGAAAAGAGCUCGCAAAGCUAGACGGAAAGCUAAAUUGAAAGCGAAAGCAUUACCAAAGAUAAAUUUGGACGACUAUGAUAUGCCUGAGGAUGAUGGGCAGGCAGAUCUAGUGGGGAGUGAUGAUGACAGUGAAGGACAUUUAAGCGAUUCAGAUAUAGAAGAUGAUACUUUAACACCAGAAAUAAAGUCCUGCCGUCAGCCUCUGUGGGUGCUUCCUUUAUACUCUAUGUUGAGUUCAUCGAAGCAAGCGCGUGUUUUUGAACCGCCACCAACCGGCGCGCGUUUGUGUGUAGUCAGUACGGACGUGGCUGAGACGUCACUUACUAUUCCAUCAAUUAAGUAUGUUGUUGAUACUGGGAAAAAGAAAAUGCGCGUGUACGAUCACGUGACGGGCGCGUCCGCGUGGCGGGUGGUGUGGGUGUCGCAGGCGGGCGCGGCGCAGCGGGCGGGGCGCGCGGGGCGCACGGGCGCCGGCCACGCGUACCGGCUGUACAGCGCGCCGGUGUUCGCGCACGAGCUGCCCGCGCACCACGCGCCCGACCUCUGCCGCCGCCCCGCCGACGACAUCGUGCUGCUCAUGAAGUGCAUGUCCAUCGACAAGGUUGUAAAUUUCCCCUUUCCAACGGCUCCAGACAGAAUGCAACUACGGUUGGCCGAGAAACGUCUUCAAGUCCUCGGUAUAUUGGAGACACCAGAAAAGAAAGAAAAUAAAAGGAAGGAUGACGAGGAGGUUUUAAAAGUCACGCCCCUUGGCAAGGCGGUGUCAGCGUUUCCUUUGUUGCCUCGGUACGGAAAGAUGCUGGCUCUAAGCCAUCAGCAGAAUCUCCUUCCUUACACCAUUGCACUAGUUUCAGCUCUAACUGUACCCGAGGUGAUGAGCGGUAAAGCAGAAUGUUGGCCAGCCACUGGUCAAACGUUGCUGUUAGGAGAUCCUGGAGUGCUGUUAAGGGCAGUCGGUGCCGCGGAGUACGCGCAUGUUAAGGGAGAGGAGGAGCUCUUCUGCGCUAAGCAUGGUUUAAGAGAGAAGGCGAUAAAAGAAAUCCGCAAACUGCGCAAACAACUGACGACAGAAAUCAACUUAAGUGUUCCUGGGGUCGACGUUAAAAUUGACCCAGAAAUGAAACCGCCCGAUGAAAACCAAGCUAGGUUGCUCCGACAGCUGGUGUUAAGUGGACUUGGGGAUCAAGUUGGAAGGAAAAUUGGUUUGGACGAGGUUAAAGAAGGUGAGGACAAACGUAAAUACAAAUACGCGUAUCAUUGCGGCGAAUUGGAUGAACCCGUCCAUUUGCAUUCCGAGUCGAUACUUCGUAAAACCAUACCGGAAUGGGUAGUGUACCAAGAGCUGUACGAGACCGGCGCCGAGGAGAGGCGGAAGAUGGUGAUGCGGAACGUAACCGCCAUUGAGCCCGAGUGGUUGCCGGUGUUUGUGCCGCAACUAUGUAACCUAGGUGAACCGUUAACUGACACUGAACCAAGAUACGACGAAAAAUCUGGACGUGUAAAAUGUAGCUUCAAAGGCACGUUCGGUAAAGCCUGUUGGGAGCUUCCUAUUGUAGAGAUCGACUAUCCAGAUAAAAUAGAGCGAUACAGGUGGUUCGCUAGAUUUCUACUAGAGGGCAUGGUCUUUCCAAAGCUCCGGAAGUAUACCAGUUCACUUCUCUCGCCUCCAUCCACAAUGAUUAAAAGCUGGGCCAAAUUACAACCGAGGACCGAAACGCUGCUGAAAGCCCUAAUUAUGAACAGAGUUGGAAAUCGAGAACAACUGAAAAAGGCGUGGGAGGAAAAUUCAAAAUAUUUGUUGGACGAAUAUCUCAAAUGGUUGCCGGAAUCGGCUCAUAAUGAAGUCACAUUAUAUUGGCCUCCAGUAUGA